ACAGCUCUCACCAGCAGCACACAUGUUUUUGACGCGGACCCACACGCCGGUCGGACUAGCGCUGGGAGCCGCGCACUUGGUUGUAUGUUGGACUUGUUGGAUUUGACCCGCGCCUUUAACUUGAGCCGUAAAGCUUCUUCAUAUGUUUAAACACACAAUGUUUUUAAAAGAUGCGGCACCUGUUUGCGAAUGUUGCAGAAAAGAGGUAGAGGACUGCUUGCCUUGCUGUUGAUACUGUUGGAGUGGACCCGCCCAGGUCUACUGUCCCCGCUUAGGCCAAUCUGUGACCUGAGGGUCCUGAACCAUUUCAUUAAGGAAGCACGAGACGCAGAAGUCGCUAUGAAGUCAUGUAGAGAAGGAUGUAGUUUGUCCGAGUCUGUCACUGUUCCCCAAACCAGAGUCGACUUUGAUGUCUGGGAGAAGAAAAAUGGAUUGGAGCAAGCCCAGGAGGUGCAGUCUGGUUUAUGGCUCUUACAACAGGCCCUCAACUUGCUACGGACCUCGGUCACCAACACAGCACUGCACAGCCACAUAGAUAACUCCAUCAGAAACCUGCUCAGCAUCAAUGCUGUACUGCGGAGCCUCAACAUCCAGGAAUAUACCCCGCCAGCAAGUACAGUGGCUCUUGAGGGAACAUGGAGGGUGUCCUCUGCAACAGAUUUGCUUCAAGUCCACGUCAACUUCCUGCGCGGCAAAGUGCGCCUCCUUCUUUUGGAUGCACAGGCCUGUCAGCAAGAUGUCAGCUGAUCAGCUGAUCUCUAUACUCCAGGCGAAGCUAAGUUGUGUUCCCGAAGGCAAGAUGAGGGACUUGAUACUGUUGACCUGCACGCUGGCUGCUGGAAGCGUGGAGUGUGGAAAGAGUGGAAGAUACAGCCAUCCUCAUAUAAGCAGAGGAAGCUGAAAGGAGAGGACUGUCCCAGUGAGGCUUUGGAUGGACAGGAGAUGAUUGCACCUUGGAAUCAAGAUGUGAAACAUGGACAUAGUGAAGCACAAACUGACCAAAAUGAGGCCUGUGGGAAGCACUGCUCCAAUCGCUGUUCUACUGGCACUCUCUUGCACUUUGUGUGUGGAUGGACUUUUGUGUGUGUGUGAGUUAAGACUGCAAGUUUAAAUCUGUAAGUGGUGUGUAUGUUUCCAGUGAGUUUAACCCCUAUGGAGUGAAACACCCAGAAAAUAUUGAUUGCACCAGGAAAUUGGAGGACUGCGAGGUUGCGACAGGGCAUCCAUUUCCAAUACCACUGCAAAAAGGCAAAUGAAUGAGGCCUCACCCCACGAGCCUUUAACAUUUUUCAACUAUGCCUCACAGGAACAAUAGUCUUUUCUCUUGGUUUGUUUUCAGUUAAUAUUUUUUAUAUAUUUUUAAGUUGUGUGAUUACUAUUUAUACAGAUUUUCUACUUCUAAGCUCCACUCUUUGUAUUUUUUAGUAUUGGAUCUUUAAGUUUUUUGUUGGGCUCUCGCUGCCAAGUUCGCACUGAGCACAAUUACAAAGCUGUUUGUUGACAGCAUUUGCAAAAAGCAUGCUGCUAUGUACCAGACUAGCUGUUACUUACGUAUUACAUAUUCCUUCCAACUAACAGAACAAAGGACUGAGACGUCAAUUCAGAGGUUCAGAUACAGUGAAUGACGGAGUAAGAGGUCAGUGAGGAGGUGGUUGGUUACAUGGGAACUGUGAAGCUGUUUUGUCAUUAUCUGUGUUUUCGUUGCUGCCUAACCAACACUCAGCCAGUCUCCACACACUGAUAGCCAGUCUGCCCGGAAAAAUGCUGUUUGGCUUUUACACUUAACAUCCUGUGAGGCUGUAAUUGCAAGUAGUUUUCCACAAUCUGACGUUAACACUGUCUCUUCCCUCCCGCUAUUGUUCGUCAUCAAAUGGCAGGCAGGCAAUUAGUUAGUCCUGGGAACUUGAGGCUUUCUAUAAAAUGGAUGCUCACUUCUUUCAGACUGGUCAAAUGUUCUUCCUUGUUUUUUCCGUAUUUUUAAAUCUUGUUGUGCAAGUGCAAGAUGUUUUUAAGGAUGUUUGUACAUGUUUUCUUUCCUGUUGUUUUGUCCCGUCACUGUAUAAUUUGCU